CGACGUUUGUAUGUUACAUUGUACUCCAAGUGAAGUAAAGAUGCGGUUGUCCGGUGUGUCAGCGCAAUAUUCUUUCCAGCCGGUUAGAGUGACUGUCCCAUGGUCCAUGAUAAUUAGCUAGGAACCUGUUACUGGCAGCACCAUGUCAAGGCUUGCAAGAAGAGGGUGAAAACGGGGGAAUUUCUCCCGGUUCAGCGCAUCCACUGGAAAGUGAAGCUGAGGCUACAGGAUGGGUGGGAUGACGAAGGGACGCUACCACUCCUUGGGCUUCGUGUUCCUUGUUUAUUGCACAACAUGCACGACAUCUAAAGGAGCCACAGGUGACAUCCUUCCAGACUCCCUACCGUCAGUCCCAGGUACCCUGCCUCACUUCAUGAAGGAGCCAGAAGAUGCCUACAUCAUCAAGAGCAACCCAAUCAAGCUGCUGUGUCGGGCUGUGCCUGCCCUUCAGAUCUUCUUCAAGUGUAAUGGAGAAUGGGUGCACCAGAAUGAACAUGUGUCCCGGGAGUACAUGGAUCAGAACACUGGGCUGAAGGUGCGUGAGGUGUUGAUCAACGUGUCCCGUCAGCAGGUGGAGGACUUUCACGGCCCAGAGGACUACUGGUGUCUGUGUGUGGCCUGGAGCCACCUGGGCACCUCCAAGAGCCGGAAGGCCACUGUCCACAUCGCAUACCUGAGGAAGAACUUUGAGCAGGACCCCCAGGGGAAGGAAGCUCCAAUCAAAGGGAUGAUCGUGCUGCACUGCCGCCCCCCAGAGGGAGUGCCAGCAGCAGAGGUGGAGUGGCUGAAGAACGAGGAGCUGGUGAGCUCCCUGACUGAUGACAACAUUGACACCCGAGCUGACCACAAUCUCAUCAUCAACGAGGCACGACUGUCCGACUCGGGAAACUACACGUGCCUGGCCAGUAACAUCGUGGCCAAAAGACGCAGUUCCACAGCCACUGUGGUUGUUUUCGUGAACGGUGGUUGGUCGCUGUGGACAGAGUGGUCUCCCUGUAACGUUCCCUGUGGUCGGGGCGUCCAGAAACGCUCCCGUACCUGUACCAACCCGGCCCCACUUAACGGAGGGGCUUUCUGCGAGGGCAUGUCUGUGCAGAAGAUCACCUGUAAUGCCCUCUGUCCAAUUGACGGUGGCUGGGAGGAGUGGAGCGAGUGGACGCUGUGCAGUGUGCAGUGUGAGAGACAGCGUAGGAGGGAGUGCAAUGACCCACCACCCAGACACAAGGGCAAGAUGUGUGAUGGGCCCAGUGACGCCACAGAGAACUGCACUGAAGGAAUGUGUACCCAGAAUGGAAAGCUGCUGCAUGAUGUUAAACCUCAAAGUAUGGACGGCUCCAACGACGUGGCUCUUUACUCUGGGCUGGGGGCGGGGAUCAUAGCUGUGACUGUCCUUGUGGUGGCCGUCAUGCUGUACCGGAAGAACCAGAGCGACUACGGCGUUGACGUCAUCGACUCGUCCGCGCUCACCGGGGGCUUCCAGUCUUUCAACUUCAAGACCACCAGACAAGGGAACCCACUGCUUCUCAACUCCUCUCUGCAGCCAGACCGGACAGUGGGCGGGACCUAUACCAGCCCCAUCUGCUUCCAGGACUCCAUAGACAACAAAGAGCUCUUUGACCCCCUGCCAGACAUCAAGGUCAAAGUUCAGAGCUCCUUUAUGGUUUCACUAGGUGUGGACGACCGCGCUGAGUACCACGCUGCCAAAGGCCAUCAGCCCGAGACCUUCCCCAGAGGGCUGAACCGAGACUACAGCAACAGCACUGUGGAGAGACGGAGCACCAAGAAGGGCCCGCUCACCCCCAACGGCCCCCCCCUCAACCCCACCAAAGAUCAGCUGAGAAUCACGGGCGUGUUUGGGCAUCUGGGCGGCCGGUUGGUGGUGCCAAAUACUGGAGUCAGCCUGCUGGUACCCCAUGGGGCGAUCGCUGAGGACCCUUCCUGGGAGAUGUACAUGGUGAUAAAUCAGGGAGAGUCCAGUAUCCAGACAGAGGAAGGCUGUGAGAUCCUAUUAGGACCAGAGGUCACCUAUGGCCCUCCAGGCCUAGACCUCUCCAGUCCUGUUGCUAUGACGAUAGCUCACUGUGCUGAGGUGGACUCUGAGAACUGGAACAUCCAACUGAAGAGGAAAACACAGGACAACAAAUGGGAGGAAGUGGAGGAUGAGUCAACGUCUUGUUACUGCCUGAUUGACUCCAGUAGCUGCCACCUGCUGCUGGACCAGCCGGGCUCCUAUGCCCUUGUUGGUGAACCGCUCACCCAGGCAGCCGUGAAGAGGCUGAAGCUAGCAGUGUUUGGCAGCAUGGGGCCAAACCCCAUGGACUACAGCCUCCGAGUCUACUGUGUGGACGACACGCCACACGCCUUUCAGGGAGUGGUGGCCACAGAGACAGGUAGAGGAGGACAGCUCCUGGAGGAACCCAAGAUGUUGCCUUUCAGAGGGAACACCUUCAGCCUCCAGGUCUCCAUCCAGGAUGUCCCACAGUUUCUAUGGAACAUCAAACCCUUUACCACGUGUCAGGAAUUUUCCUUUUCCCAAGUGUGGUGCAGCAACCAGCAGCCCCUGCACUGUGCAUUCUCCCUGGAGAGAUACAGCCCCACCACCACCCAGUUCUCUUGCAAGAUUAGCGUGAAGCAGGUCAAAGGUCACGAGCAAAUUCUGCAGGUCUAUACUUCUGUGGUGGAGAGCAAGAAGGAGUCAGUCCUGUUUUUUAUGCAGACAGACUGCACCGUCACCUCACAGACAGGACCCAAGGCCUUCAAAAUCCCCCUAUCCAUCCACCAGAGGAUCUGUGCCACCUUUGACACUGCCAACGCUAAGGGCAAGAACUGGCAGCUCUUAGCCCAGAAACUCCAUCUAGAUAGGAACCUGUUGUAUUUUGCUAAGCAACAGAGCCCCUCUGCUGUCAUACUGAGCCUGUGGGAGGCACGACACCAAGACACUGGUGACCUUGACUCUCUGGCAAGCGCUCUGGAGGAAAUUGGCAAGAUCCAGUCCAAAAGCACUGCAGCAAAGAGCCAGGAGGACCCUGAAUCAGACUCUGUACAUCAUUUAGGAACAGGAAGCUCAGACAACCCAGUGUGUGGAAUGGGUGAACUCACCAAUCAUGAGACGGCUAACUCAGUCCCUGAGUAUACUGGCUGACUUGUCUCCUCCUGCUACAUAGAUCCCAACAAGCCCAGUGUAAUGCAUAUCCAUAUAUGCACAUGACGACUGACCGUUAACUCGGUCGUGGAUUAAAAGGUCCAUAGGAUGUCAAUGUGCGAAUGGAGUUUGUUGUUCACAGAGCAAAAAACAUGACAGGAAAAAAUUACCACUGAGAAAAAAAAGAAAUCUGUCAUUGCUGUGUGUACUGUAACUUUAUCGACCCCUUUCUGAUGAUGUACUGUAAAUCUGUUUGGCCUUUUUCCUUUCUAUUCCCUCCAUUAUUUUCCUCCUAGUUAAUGCUAUUCUUAAGUCAGGCUGACCAUUUGAGUUUGUUUUCUUAUUCUGUUGUUCAGGAUAUAGGGGACCCACCAAUGCGCUUCAGAGAGUGCAACUGCUCGUCACCGUCCCCAGGGGUUGAAACUGCCCUCAUGUGCACCUGCAUUUACAGUGAGUGCGUCCCAAAUGGCACCCUAUUCCCGAUGUAGUGCAUUACUUUUGACCAGCGCCAUAUAGAAUCUGGUGAAAAGUAGUGCACUAAAUUGGGAAUAGGGUGUUCCAUUUGAGAAGUAGCCCAUAUCACACCUAUACCGUAAGACAGCUGUAUGGUAUUCGUUUCUAUUUGAAUACUUGGUCAUCAAUUCCAGAUAAUGUCUCAAAUGGGAGAAACCAUUCUGAAACAGGUAUAAACAGAGUUGAAUAACAUGCUUUUUACUGUAAUGUUCCGAUUUUUUUUCUGUAUCAGCGUAACAUUGUUAAAGAGAUCCUGCCGGUACAAUGGUGGGUUGUGUGAGGACAAUGUACUGUUAGAGAAGCCAGCCUGAAUCAUGUUAUCUUUAAAGGAAAACCCCUGACAAUGAUGGAAACGUCUUUGUCAGGCUACAGUACAGCUGUGUGUGUGGUGUGUGUGUGUGUGUGUGUGUGUGUGUGUGUGUGUGUGUGUGUGUG